AAAAAUCUAAGCGCGGUAACGUCAGUGGAGAAGAAGACGGCGAAGUAGCAGAGUCCGCCAUGAAAGAGGAGGGGAAAAGCAUGAGACGGAAGGGGCAACGGCACCGUAAGACCCUAAAUCAGAAUCUCAGAGAGACAUCGAAUAACCAUAAUGACAAGAAGCGUCCACGAGAGAUCGAACUCCACAAUGGCCAUGAACAAGGAGGUUCUUCGGCCUCCUCGAAGCGGUCAAAAUCCUCUAAUUUCCUCGACAUGCUUCGAGCGAGAUUAGCCGGUGGACACUUCAGGAUGCUCAAUGAGAAGCUCUACACUUGCACCGGCAAAGAGGCGCUCGAGUACUUCAAAGAAGACCCCCAAAUGUUUGAUAUGUAUCAUACAGGUUAUCAAGAGCAAAUGUCACAUUGGCCUGAACUUCCUGUUAAUACCAUAAUAAACUGGCUCAAGUCUAGGAGCCCUUCUCUGGUCGUGGCUGAUUUUGGCUGUGGUGAUGCACGGCUUGCAAAGAGCGUGAAGAACAAAGUGUUCUCUUUUGACCUUGUCGCUAAGGAUCCUUCUGUUAUUGCAUGCGAUAUGUCAGAUAUUCCUCUCGAGUCUUUGGCUGUUGACGUUGCUGUAUUUUGUCUUUCAUUGAUGGGAACCAACUAUUCCAGUUACAUUCAAGAAGCACAUAGAGUUCUUCGCCCAAGUGGUUGGCUUCUCAUAGCAGAGGUGAAAAGCAGGUUUGAUCCAAACAAUGGGGGAGCAGACCCGAAAGCAUUUGUAAAGGCAGUAUGUGAUCUUGGAUUUACAUCGGUUUCAAAGGACUUUUCAAACAAGAUGUUCAUCUUAUUUCAUUUUCAGAAAAAGGAGAAGCCAAAUUCAAAGAGGAAGGAGGGGAUGAAGUGGCCAGAACUAAAACCAUGUUUGUACAAACGCCGAUGAUUGUAAGUACACAGACCCCUAGUUCUCAUUCUUCAUCUGAUGCAAGAUUACGUAGAGACCGCUCUAGUAGGUUCUUGUCUGUUGUAGGCUUGUAGUGUAUCUAAAAGCUUAUGAUUGACUGAAAAAGUUUUGGAACAUUCAUCUUCAGUUUUGUUGUUUUCAUUUAAAGUGAUUUUUUUUCUUUUCCUAAUGAAACUCGAAAUGUUUAGUUU